GGGCAGUCUGGUGAAAGCUGAGUGGAAGCCAGGACAGGGCAUCGUGGAGCUACAGUCCCCUGCGGGAAAGUUCUGGCACACCAUGGGGUUCACAGAGCGUGGCAAACAGUGCCUGCUGCCUGAGGAAGCUCUAUACCUGCUGGAGUGUGGCUCUGUUCAGCUCUUUUACAGGGAUCUGCCCUUGUCAAUCCAGGAAGCCUACGAGAUCCUGCUGUCCCAGGAGGCAAUGAGCCUGCCACAUUACCAGGUAUUCAGCCACUUGAAGCAACUGGGUUAUGUUGUACUGAGAUUCGACCCCAGCACUGUCCUGUCUCCCUAUGAGAGGCAACUGAACUUGGAAAGUCACUGCAAGAGCUCUGGGAAACACCAUUGCAAAAGGAGGAGGAGUUCCAGCCCCCGGUUGCAUGAGAAGAAACGUAAGGUAUCCGAGGACCUUCCAGAAGCUGAAGGGACCUCUGAAAAAGCUGGAGAUGACUGUGGAGACUCCAACUGCCUUCCCAUGGAUGAAAAGCCGUUGUCAGAGCACCCAAAGGAAUCAGAUGCUGGCAGUGGAAAGGAGGAGUCAAACCCAGUUCCUCUUGAUGCAGAACAAAAGGACUCCCUGAGCCCCUCCAGGAGCCGGGCUGGAGACCACAAGGAAAGCAGCACUGGUACCCAUGCACCCCGCUGGGAUUUUACCACCAUCAUCUUGCCAAAUGUGGCCCCAGACCAGCCGUGCACACAUCUGCCCUCACCUGACAAUGGGCUCCUGCCAGAGAAUGUGCCGGGGAGGGAGGUUGAUGCAGCUUGCUGGUGCACACGUAUCAAUCAGAAACAGGAGAAGCUGUCACGGAAGGAAAGGGAGCAGCGAGAGAGAGAGAGCAGGUACAAGAGCAGCAUCAAUGCUGACCGAGAGGUGAGGUGCUGCUCCAACUGGCAGGAGUACAAAGCCCUUUUGGAGCAGAGGAGCCAGCAGAGGGUUUGGAGACGACCGCCACAUCUCUGGGACCAAGCUGUCACACCGCUUUUGCGGCCAGCUGAAGCUACCUCAUCAGCUGCGCUCCUCCAGCAGAUCAGUGUGCUGCAGCCCUCCCACAUCCUGGAUGGAGCCUCCCGGCUGCAGGAGGACCCAGAGGGCAUGAAGAUAGACUUCAAUGUGUAUCAAGCAGAUGCUGUGGCCAAGUUUAAGAAGACAAACCCUGGGAAGCCAUAUGUCAGGAUGUGUGUUCGGAGCUUUGAUGAGCAGAUUCCAUCCCUUCGGGCUUUGAAGCAGGUUACCUAUCAGAGUGGGGACAUCCCGGUGGUCUUUGCGCUGGUGGAUCAUGGAGAAAUUGCCUUUUAUUCACUAAAGGAAUUCAAGCUACCAGUUGAUGUUAAUCACUGA